UUCAUUGAGCGCUUAUAACCCUUUGUGAAGGAAAAACUGCACACAGUUUACCUGGACAGUGGGACGGUGGGAACAUGAAGGUCGCAGUGGCAAUUAUUGCAGUUUUUGCAUCGAUAGCUGUCACCAUUGACGCUACUGUAUUCUUCAAGGAGCAGUUUCUGGAUGGAGAUGCAUGGAAGAGCCGGUGGCUUGUAUCGAAGCACAAGUCAGACUAUGGAGAGUGGAAACUGACUGCUGGGAAGUUUUAUGGCGAUUCUGAGGCAGAUAAAGGUCUGCAGACCAGCCAGGACGCCCGUUUCUAUGCCAUCUCCAGCCGCUUCGAACCCUUCAGCAACGAGGGCAAGUCCCUGGUGGUCCAGUUCACUGUUAAGCACGAGCAGAAGAUCGACUGCGGGGGUGGAUAUGUCAAAAUCUUUCCAGCUGACCUGGACCAGGCUGAUAUGCAUGGGGACUCCCAGUAUUACAUAAUGUUUGGCCCUGACAUCUGUGGCUACAGCACCAAGAAGGUUCACGUCAUCUUCAACUACAAAGGCAAGAACCAUCUCAUCAAGAAAGAAAUCAAAUGCAAGGACGAUGAGCUCACACACUUGUACACUCUGAUCCUGAACCCGGACCAGACCUACGAAGUGAAGAUCAACAACGAGAAGGUGGAAUCAGGCACCUUGGAGGAGGACUGGGACAUGUUGCCCUCAAAGAAAAUCAAGGAUCCCGAAGCCAAGAAACCAGAGGACUGGGAUGACAGGGCCAAGAUUGACGACCCUGCUGACACCAAGCCAGAGGACUGGGAGAAGCCUGAGAACAUCCCUGACCCUGAUGCUAAGAAGCCUGACGAUUGGGACGAGGACAUGGACGGAGAGUGGGAGCCCCCUAUGAUCCCAAACCCAGAUUACAAGGGUGAGUGGAAGCCGAAGCAGAUUGACAACCCUGACUACAAAGGUGUCUGGGUGCAUCCUGAGAUCGAUAACCCUGAGUACACACCUGACGCCUCCAUCUACAAGUUUGACAACAUUGGAGUGCUUGGAUUGGACCUGUGGCAGGUGAAGUCUGGAACCAUUUUUGAUAACUUUUUUAUCGGAGAUGAUUUAAAGGAAGCUGAGGAGUUUGGGAAAGAGACGUGGGGAGCUACAAAGGAACCAGAAAAGAAAAUGAAGGACGCCCAGGAGGAGGAGGAGAGGAAGGCAAGAGAAGAAGAAGAGAAGAGCAAGAAGGACACGGCUGACGAUGAAGGGGACGAAGAGGAAGGUGAUGAGGAUGAACCAGAAGAAGAGGAAGAGAAAGACAACACAACGGAAGAGGAAGAAGAAGAAACUCUCAAGAAGGACAAGGAUGAGUUGUAAAUGAAACUGGAUAGAAAACAUCUCUGUCCCACCCUAUUUUCUCUCCAAUGGAUUGACUGCUGUGCAUCAUCACAUUGAGUAAUACGUUGUGGACUUGGCCCUCCUGUGGCAACCUAUUUUUUUCAGGUGUAGGCUUGGGAAAGGGGUCAAGGGGCAGGCAAUGUUUGCCUACUUUACUGGUUCACUUUUGUUUAAAGGAGUUUAGAGUUGAAGAACUGGGUUUAGGUUUUUCCUUUCUCACAGAAUGAUUAAUUUAAGAAAAUGUUCCCCUUUAUUCUGAACGUGGUCUGUCCUGUCAGCGUGUCCUACAGUUGCUCUAAGGUGUUGCUGCCACCGGCUCAUUUGCUUUCAUUAUCAGCGACCAUCAUCAGUUCAUCCUUUCAGUGUAAAAGCAAAAAAGUAUUCCCGCCCCCCCAUCCAUGUCAUCAGUCUUAUCAGGAAAGAAAUUGGGGUCCGUUGUACUUUCUUUGCACUUCUUCUUUUUUUUUUUUUAAAUGAUUUAUUUUUAUACAGUUGUAUGCAGUACUAUACAUUAUUAUCAUUAACAUCCAUUUAAUUUAUUCCCUUGUUGCAAUCAUUCUAUUUUUCCAUUAUUCAUAACCCACCCGUGCUCUGUGUUGUUCAGGGUUGUUUUCUUUUUCUUCAGACUUUGAUUUUUGUUGUACGGCAGCCGCAGAGAUGACUGUAUCAGACUAAAGGCUCUAAACUGUGAUGUUGCUCCUAAAAUGCGACCAUGGCACAAUUGGUUUGAGUUUCAGUGAAUAAAUGAAGCUUUUUCUUUCAAUUAAACACACUGCACCUA